CUGGUGAGAGGGCGAUGUGGAAGUUAGGUAGCUAACGUUUACGUUACCUCGGUUCCAUUAAAAAGCUACUGGGAAAGGUGAAGUUUGCUGUAUAGCUACCUGUCGAAACGUUGUUGUUUAAGGAGUUAUAAUAGUUACUGAAAUGCAACUAAACCCAAUAGAUAGCUAUGUUGGGCUAGCACAGAAUACAAAUAGCUAGUUAGCUAAACGGAUACCUAGCCACCUAGCGAAUUCGUUAAUGCAGGAAAUUGACUGAAAAGGCCGAGGCUCUAAGGAAAUAUAUUGUGAAUAGCCAGCUAACGCUAGCUAGCUAUAUGUAUACGAUUAGUAGUGUCAAACGAGGACAAAGCGCGUGCGAACCUCUUACAAGUAAACGUUAAAUGACAUGCUAAAGUCACAUUUCUGGGAACUAACAUAGUUGUGUAACUUAUCGAACUUAAGGACUAGCUGCUAAUGGUUUAGGCUAACAUUAUCAAAUUAGCAAGGUAACGUUAUACUUGGUUUAAUGGUACCAUGCUAGCUGGCUUCUAGAGUGCAUCUGGACGAGCGCCGAGACCGAGUUAACUUAUCUAGGCUAUCUAGCUAGUUACACAAAACUAGCUGUGAAAGCCGCAUUGGCCGUACGUUGUUACUGUUAAAUGUUAUACCAUUAGCUAGCGUAAUAGGUUACUUGUUAUCUUACAAGGUACUGAAAUGUGUUAUGAAAUGUAGCUACUUUCCUUCAACUUAGCUAGCCUAGCCCUUUAGUGCGAGAGCGCUUUGGACGUUAGCCUAGCUAGCUAGAUGCGUUAUCUAGCUAGCACCCUUUUCGUCAUUGUUUUUGCUUAACCAAAAUGAGUGGUUCUAGCUAUAGCUAACAAGCUAAUUUUACUAUUUGGCUAAAUUACAAAUAUGAUGUGACUUUUUAAGUUUUCCCAGGAUUGAAAAAAAAUAGCUGUAGCUAGCUAACUUGCCUAGCUAGCUAACCAUGAAAACACUCGUCCCCGCAGAGUUGCCGCGGUGAAUAAAGGAUCCAAAUGAUGGUUUUGGACAUUUUGGAUAUCUUGGCAGUGUAGUAGAGCUGUCCUCAGUUGUUGGAAGACAUAUUUUGGAAGAACUGUGCGGAAGGCUUAUUGUAAGAUGAAAAGAAUGUCUUUCAAAAUUCUCAAAAAUGGGUGAUAUGAAGACCCCGGAUUUUGAUGAUCUUUUGGCCGCCUUCGACAUCCCAGAUGCCACCAGUUUGGAUGCCAAAGAGGCCAUCCACACAAGCCAUGACGAGGCAGAGGGUCACCUGAAACCUGGGAUGUGUAUGGAUGAUGGCAUCCCCGGACACCACUCCUUGCCUGCCGCGGACAUCCCUGCUGUCAGCGUGAUUGUGAAGAACACGAGUCGCCAGGAGUCCUCCGAAGCCAGCGUGGAGAAGGAAGCUGGUCGCCAGACGCACCUGGUGCCAAACGGGUUCCGCUGUGGUGCCACCUUGGACUACCACCACCUGGGUCCCGGUAGCUAUGGCAAGCUUGAGACGUUGUUCCUCAAUGGGGACAGCUCGAGGGGCCCUUCGGAAAGCGUGGCCGCCCACAGACCUGACAGAAUGCCGUCUUUCUCCCAGUUCAGCCCCAUCUCCAGUCCAGAAACCGAGGAUGCUCAGGGGAACGGGAUCGAACUUCGUCUGAAACAAGACGAGAGGCCUUACUUCCCCGCAGCCUCGAGCUUGUUCGAGCCCAUGGAGCCCUCAGAGCUGGACAAUCCGAAGAAGCUGCUCACAUUCAGCAUGUUCGAUAACUGCCACAAAACAGACGUUGUAAACGAGCAGGCGAAGAGCUAUGAGAGACCGGGAGUGUCGAGCAGACCGGAGCAGACCAGGACUGAAGAGCGCUCUGAGGGCCUCAGCAGAGAUCAUGCCAAAAGGCAAGGGUUUCUGAGUAGUCCGGCUCUCUCCCUGGAGGACCUUCACGGCAGGAGUGUUGAAGAUGCAAGCAGCUUUCCCUUGUCGGAGACUGGCAUGGGCAUGUCGAACCAGGCCAUCAGGACACCAUCCUCCAAACUGUCCUCUUGCCUAGCAGCGCUUGCAGCACUAAAUGCCAAAAAGGACGCAGAGUACUCAAAGGAAAUGAAUGCGAAGCCUAGAGAGCCGUCGGUGUUUGUGAAGGAAGCCCCCAAAGCCAGCCCUGUGGGGCCGAAGUCCCCCAGGAGCCCCAGGAGUCCGCUGGAGUCGGUGAAGCGGUUUGCCAAACAGCCGGACAGCCCUAUGAGCGCCUGCAGCGACAGCAGCGGCAAGGCUUCCCCUUCGGUGACUACGGGUUCUCCCCCGGCCAUACCGCGAGUCCGAAUAAAGACCAUAAAGACCUUGUCUGGACAGAUCAAGCGCACCGUGACUAGUGUGCUGCCCGACUCUGAGCUGGAGGACCUCCUGUCUCCCGCCGAUUCGACCGCGUCGCAGUACACCGCUUCUGCCGAAGAGAUGUCGCCCAGUCCGCAGCCGAUGCCCCCUUCGCGUAAUCUCAACGCCGACUUCGUUUUCGACAAUGGAAAGAGUAAAACCUCCUCCCAAACAAUGCCUGCAGUGACGCUGAUGACUCCCGCUUCCCUCCCGCCAAAAGUCAACAGUGUAAGAGCGGAGGGGGGCUUCAAGAAGAAGGCAAGAGGGCAGUCUUCCACUACCUUCCAGAAUGCCAGCAGCGCCUUAAUGAGGGCAGUUAACAGGCAUCAGAAGGCUGUAUCCGUCCAGUUGGCGAAUGCUCCCAACACCAACUUCCUCCCCAAAGUCGUGCACCUGGCGAACCUAAACCUGGUCCCCCACAGCGUGGCCGCCUCAGUCACGGCGAGAUCCAGCACCCAGCGACAGAACCAGCCCCAGCUUUCCAAAUCCACAGUGUGUAGCACAGUCCCUCUGGUACAUCAAGUCAAAAACGCCACACCUCUCCCAUGCACCGCCCUCCCCAGCCAAGCCGUGGACACCUUGAACAGACUAUUAAACGCCACCAACCCUGUGCCAACAUAUGUGCCCAAUCUGAACCCACCGGCGGAGUGUGAAGUCGCUCUGCCCGCGCGCGGCUACCGCUGUCUGGAGUGCGGCGACUCGUUCGGACUGGAGAAGAGCCUGGCCCAGCAUUACGGGAGGAGAAGCGUGCACAUCGAGGUCGCCUGCAUGCACUGCUCCAAGACGCUGGUGUUCCUCAACAAAUGCAGCCUGUUGGCACAUGCCCGGGAGCACAAGAGCCAAGGCAUGGUCAUGCAGUGCACCCAGCUCUUCAUGAAGCCCAUCCCUGCAGACCAGAUGUUCGUCCCCCCUGCCGGCGGCUCCACCGCGCCCGCGACCGCGACCGCCCCCGCGACCGCGACCGCCCCCUCCCUCUCUGCCCCGGCCUCUGCCUCUGCCUCUGCCUCUGCCUCUGCCCCGGCCCCGGCCCCGGCCCCGGCCCCGGCCCCGGCCCCUGGCUCUGGCUCUCCAGCCCUGGCCGGUUCACACAAGGUCAAACCUGCUAUGCCUUUGUAUUCGGAUAAAAUCAUCCGCCACGGACUCAAGUGUCUGGAGUGCAACAAGCAGCUGGCAGAUUACCGAUCGCUAGCCGGUCACUACCAGAGGGUUUCUGAGGAGACCGAAGGACUGAUGUGCAAGCUGUGCCCAAUGCUGCUUCCCAACAAGUGCAGUUACCGGACCCACCAGCGCCUCCACGCCCACAAGUCCCCAUACUGCUGCCCCGAGUGCGGAGCCGUCAGCCGCUCUGUGGACAUCCAGAAGCACGUCAAGGAGAACUGCCUCCACUACGCACGCAAGAUCGGGCACAAGUGUCUUCACUGUGAAAUGUUCUACAUGUCCACCAAUGUCCACAAGAGGCACAUAGAGGAGAAGCAUUGCGAGGUCUUCUACAAGUGCUCUCUCUGUCCGGUUGCCUUCAAGUCUGCCGAUGGCUGUCUGAUGCACAUUAAGAAUAAGCACAAUGCCAGCAAUCUGUCUCCACAGUUAAUCUAUAAGUGUGCCUGUGAAACGGUUUUUAAAAAGAAGCAGCUGCUGUUCCAGCACUUCCAUCAGAACGCUAAAAAGCACUGCGUGUUCAAGUGCCCCGAGUGCAACGUGGUCUUCACCCAGAAGCAGCCCCUGAUGCAGCACUUCAAGGCCAUGCACAGAGGCGCGUUCAGGGCGGCCACGGAUGGCGAAAGCGCCAAGAGGACAGAGGGCGCUCCGCCACUGCGCCAGGAAGCCCCCGUCGCUCCCGCCCACCAGCCCAACGCAAACUGCUCCAAGCCCGCGCCGGCCGCCGGCCCGAGAGACAGUCCGCCUGCGCUCAAGCCCAACAGCAAGCUCAACCUGAAGAACGCUGGCUGGACCUGCGGGGAGUGCCUGCACUGGCUGCCUGACAGGGAGACGUACGUCUCGCAUAUGAAGACCAAUCAUGGAAAGUCGGUGAAGAGAUACCCGUGCCAGCAGUGUGAGAGAUCUUUCAACUCCUCCACCAGUUUAAGGCGUCACCUCCGCAACGACCACAUGGGCAAGAAGAAGGUCUACACCUGCUGGUAUUGUACCGAUCAGAAGACGACCUUCACCAAACAUUUCAUGCUGAAGAACCACAUCAGCCUGAUGCAUGGCAUUAAAAACCCAGACUUCAGCCAGAUGGCAAACCCGUCUCUGCAGGGGCCCAGCCAGGGCCCAGGAGAGGGGCCUGGUACGAAGCGGAAAGGGGAAGACUCGGUGCGGGAGGGAGCUGGGGGCGCCGCCCUGGAGGCCGUCUUGGCGAAGCGGUCCAAGCCUCAGUUCCGCUGCGCCAAGUGCGGCUUCACCACCGAGGACAGCGACAGCUUCCUGCAGCACAUACCUCAGCACAAGGGCGAUGACGCCACCCCUCAGUGCAGCCGCUGCGGCCUAUGCUUCGCCUCCCGGCUGGCCCUCAGCCGACACCUCUUCAUCGUGCACAAGGUCAAGCAGCUGGAGGAACAGCAGGAGGAGGAAGAGCAGCAGGAGGAGGAGGAGGAGGAGGAGGAGGAGGAGGUCUUUGAGCAAGAGCAGGAUGGUGAGGGAGAGGGGGCGAGGUCGCCCCGCACCGAUGAGAAAGGGGACCCGACGCGCCCCGCAGGACAGACCGUCUCCUCUGGCGAGGAGUGGGGGACGGGCGUUAGCGGCGCCAGCAGCCAGGCGACCGUUAGCGAGCCAGACCCUGGCUCCCGCACGCGGCCUGAGGAGCGUCUCUCCUGAGGGUCGACGCCGAGCGCCGGGAGCGAAAACAGACACGACUACAAAGCUGCUAUUCCCACCCUAACAACCCACCAAACAGGUGACCAAGGACACUCAACACGCUAAGCGUUUAGCAUCCCAGCAGCUUGAAAAAAGUGGUACUUUAAAUCAGUUGCCUUACAGUUCAUGUGUAUUUUACAUUGUUGAACGUACACAAUCUAGUAUGCCUCAUAAACGAAAUUUCUGACAAAUUAGGUGCGGGAGUCCGGAGUUCAUCCGUUUGAACAGAUAGCAAUCGUGUCUGCUUUUUGUCUUUUGUUUCCGUUUGGUGCGAGUUGAAAUUCUGAAGUUUCCUUUCACUUUUGAAGCCUGUUUUCUUCCCAUAUAGUAUUAAGUAUGUUUAUUCGCUGUGAAAAUCGUACAUGGACAAUACAACACUGCAGUGCUUCACAGAGGGAGCUUUGAAGCAGUGGUACAUGCAAAAUGCUUCCAGUCUAUUUCAGAGUGCAUUGGCUCAGACUGCAAGGGCACCUAGGCAUGUUUUGGGAAUCAUUGUCUGUAAUUUACCUCCUUCGGUAUAUAGAUCUGAUUUGAUGAAAUGAAUGGGAAAAUGGAUAAUGCAUUGAACCCAAAGGAAAGUGAGUAAUUGAACAUGUUUCAAAACAUCCUGGCAUGCUACAUAGAAUCCACAGAAGUGUGAAAAUCUGUGGCUGAGGUUUGACCAACAAUCCCUGAAUUGAAUAAGCAGGUGUGCAUCAAAACCUACUGAUGUUUUCAUGUACUUGGGAGGACUUCGCAGAAAUCCUCACAUUCUGCUGAAGACUGCAGAAAUGUGGUAAUUUGUGUCAAAAUAUUUAGCAGCCUGCAAGUUCUAUUUUAUUGACAUGCAUGACCAUUUUGAUGGCCUCUUUAAAAACUCAUCAGGAAGUUGUCAAACCGUAAGAUCAAAAUUCAUGGCAAGGGAUGUUUGAGAUCAAACCAAUUUUGCUUACUCUGUACGCCGAUCACUGCAUGUGUGUACACUCUUGGAUGCUUGCCGGUACAGAUUCCCCACUAUGCUUGGCAGUGCAUAAUACCAGGUACACAUAGUGUGUAGUGUGCAGUAUGUGUUUUCAGGCUUACUCAUUAACAAUCGAUUUGUCCAACACGUAAUUGUGUCAUAGGUGCCCUUUAAAGAACAAGGCCAGUUCCACACUGAAAAAAUGGUUGUAUUCUAUCAGUAUUGAGUCUUUUCUGAUCUCAAGCAUUACCAAAUUGGAAACAAUUUUGGUUGCAUGCAGUAGUCAGCAAUUUUACAUCCAUUCCGUACCAAAAAAAAUAAAGGUUUGGGACACAUUUUAAGUGUGCCAUUCUCACAACCAAAGUAGCACUUUCCAUGCAAGGUAAUUGUAUAUGCAUUGUAGUGGAGAAUGUUUUCUGGAAUAAAUGUAUUUAUUUUCUCCACUGUCAUUAACCCUACAAUCUUUAAUGCCAUAAUUACUGACAUAUCAACUGUUGGGGGACAAGAAAAUCUGCAUUAUUUACCCCAAACAUUUGGCAUUACUUGUCAAGUUAGCAUAUUUUGGUUUAAUUUGAAGCUUCAUGAUUUAUUUUGCUUUGGAAAUUGUUUGCCGGUGUGUGUAGUUGGACAAGGAAUGGGAGAUGUGUAUAAAUCAAACAUCUGGUACAAUUGGGUACAGCUCAGUCAUUUACAGUUCAGAAUAGUCCACGUACAGUCAUUGAGCACAAGGUAUGAUCUCGAAUGUGACAUCAUUGUUCUAGGCAGUUUAGUAAAUGUCAAAUUGGCUAAUUGGCGUCUGAAUGGUGUUUGCAUGCAGGGGAACGUGAUAAUUAGUCCGCUUCUGUGACUAAGACCUCAACAGCUGUUUCUACCUCUAUAGCGUUCAGAGGUGAGUUGAGCAGGAUAUGUCUUGGGAAGUGAGUGAGUUUUUGUAUGGCUGCAUUUUUAAAGUAGUGCUUCAUGAAUAAUAUCUCCCAUAUUACUCAAUUUUAUAAAUUACUUUGGAGAUUGGUAUUUAUGGUCAUAUUGACUUUUUCCAUGUGAAUCUUCUAUUAUUUAAGUGCUGUUUAACUCGGUGCAUUUCCUUUCCACAUGUUUAUAGCAUUAAGUGUUUUUUUUUUCUUUCCAUAAAACCGUCUUUAACCGUUUACUGGAGAGUAAUUUAAAAUAUUUAUCUUAAUGAACAGAGAUUAUUAUACCCCUUUGAAUUUCAGCAAUUUUGAUACAGCUUAUCCAGAGGAACUUUGUACUUUUUGAUAAUAUGAGCAUUAGUAUAAAGGACCUUGUACAUGCUAGCUUGUGUACAUAGCAAAUUGAAUUGAUGUGUCUAUACCAAGGUCCCCUCCCCAUAAGCCAUCACAUAUCUAUUUAACUUGCAUUGGACUUUGUGCCUUGCUCUUAUGCUUACUUCAUAUUACGGUAAAUAAAAUCCAUAUGUAAUUAA